AUGCCGCCAUCAUUCCCCAAAGGCAAUGGCUUCCUCGGCCGCGCCGACUCCAAGAACCCCGCCACAACAUGCAAAGGCGUCACCUCCGCCGGGCGGCCGUGCCGCCGCGACAUAGCCGCCGCUAAGCCGUCCAAGAGCGGCGUGCUGGCCGUGACGUCCAUCAACGAAAACGAGGGCGCCGCCGCGUACUUUUGCUGGCAGCACAAGGACCAGGCCGAGAAGCUGGUCGGCAGCGCGCCAGGCCCUGGAGGCCAGAACCUCGAGACGCACAUCGAGGAGACGCACAUCGUGCCGCUGCAGCACCGCAACAGCGUCGACUCGCUCGUCGGCCGCCUGGGCAUCCUCGACGUCAAUGACAACAAGCCGGGCAAGAAGCCCGGCCAGGGCAUCCAGCGCCCACCCACCUGGAACAAGAUCAACGGCCCGCUGCUGUCGGUGCCGUCGUCGACCAUGAACGGCCCCAAGCCCGCGGGCACCUACCGGCUGCCGGUGCAGAAGAGCGAGCCAGGCUUCUGGGCGACCCUGUGCUGCCUCUGCAUGGGCGGCGACGACGAAGAAUACGAAAUCGUGCGGCGCCGGCGCCAGAACGAGGGCCAGAAGCCGCCAGAAAUGAGCCAGCAGACCUCGCGCCCUCCGCAAGGCGUGGCGUCAUCUCCCAAGCCCACGGCCCCCUCGAACACGGCCAACCCGACGGAGCGCCUGCUCUCCUUCAUCCCCUCCACCGUCUCGCCCCAGGUCGCCUCGCAGCUCAUGGCCGAAGCCUCGAAGCCCAUCUCCGCCAAAGACGAGCCCGGCUUCAUCUACAUCUUCUGGCUGACCGAGCACACGCGCGACGGGCCCGACGGCGGCGGGCCCUCGGACAAAGACGCAUCCUCCCUCUUGUCUCCUGGCCGGCCUGGCGCCGGCGGCCGCAACCCGAGCGACACGCUGCGCAAGUACGGCGGGAAGAAGGGCGGCAACGGCAAGUCCCACCUCCUCCUCAAGAUUGGCCGCGCCAACAACGUCCACCGCCGCAUGAAGGAGUGGGAGACGCAGUGCGGGAAGACGCCGUCGCUCGUCCGCUUUUACCCGUACGUCCCCUCGCCGCGCGGCUCGUCGCCAGACGACGAUGUCGUGGCGCCCAAGGGCGAUGGCACGGAUGCGAAGGGCGUGAGGAAGGUGCCGCAUGUGCAUCGUGUUGAGCGCCUGAUUCAUCUUGAGAUUAUGGAGAAGCGCGUGCUGCGGACGUGUGAUGUUUGUGGGCGCGAGCAUAAGGAGUGGUUUGAGGUUGAGGCGAGCAGGGAGGGUGUGGAGGCAAUUGAUGAGGUGGUGAAGAGGUGGGUGAAGUGGGCGGAGGAGUUGAAGGUGUAG